CGUGCCCGCGCGCGGCUUGCAGCCACAGUCUGGAGAUAAUCAUCAUGCCGCCUCCUAUCUCCCCGCUGCCGCUCAUGGCCUCCAGCCCAAUCCCGUCGCCUCCGGCCGCGCGACCCGGCAGCGGCAGAGCCCUCGCCGCCGUCGUGCCCUGCAACUCCUCGGCAUCACCGUCAUCGUCGACGUCGACGUCUUCGGUGGCGCUGGCUGGCGGCAGGAGGGGCGUGCUCGCGCUGGGCGCGGGGUUCCUGGCCUCCGCGGCGCUGCUGUGCCCGGCCGGGGACGCCGGCGCGACGCGCAUCGAGUACUUCGCGACGGUCGGGGAGAAGCUCUGCGACAUGGACUUCGCCAAGUCCGGGCUCGGCUACUGCGACGUCGAAAUCGGCACGGGCGUGCAGCCCAAGCGCGGCGAGCUCAUCAAUAUACACUACACGGCGAGGUUCCCCGACGGGACAGUGUUCGACAGCAGCUACAAGCGCGGGAGGCCACUGACGAUGCGCAUCGGCGCAGGCAAGAUCCUCCGGGGGCUUCAACAGGGGAUCGGCGGCGGCGGCGGCGUGACGCCCAUGCUCGUCGGUGGGAAGCGCAAGCUGAUGAUACCUCCGAUUUUGGCAUACGGGCCCGAACCAGCAGGCUGCUUCUCAGGGGACUGCAACAUUCCUGGGAACUCCACGAUACUGUACGACAUCCUCCUCGUCGGCAUCUACAAGUGAGCGUCUGACGGCAGCGAAUACACAAAGCUUUGAACAUAGGUCCAGUCAGUACAAGUUUUUGGAGCACGUCGCGUGGAUUCACACGGGAAACGGGACUACGGGCAGGCGAAGAGAAAGAUUUGGUUGCUACCUCAGUUGGCGAAAUCGGAGGCGCUAUAGGGGGCAAGCAAUCUGUACAAAAAGCAUUCUUGAUUAUGAUGAGGAGCAUGUAAAGCGUCACUCUGUAAGUAAUGUGUAAAGUCGAGUCGCGUUAUAUAUGCUGCUGACUGUCCCGAAGCCAUCUUUGCUCAAGCGGAGACCAACUUCCCUGCACGCUCUUUGCUUGAGACGGUGAGGAGGUGAUACAGCUCACGUUUACAACAUGCACAAGUAGUCGCACGCUCUUGUUGAUCGUUUUAUUUCAGGGAUUCCAUCCUUUUUUUUCC